AGUCAAUGUCUACCGAAAAGAUGCCAUUUUGCCGAGCGAUCCCGGGUCGCGAGAAUUGUCCGACAGCGGGCACUGGAUCGGGUUUGAGCAUCCGAGUGGGGAUGAGGAGGGGAAGACGUUCACUUUACUCCGUACUGCAUCCGCUCUCCGCAUCCCAGCCAUCAGUAUAUCUAAUAUCUCCCGUCUGAUGCCUGUUUCUUUGCGUCCACAUCAACACAGUUCUCAUUCAGUCCCCACGAAAGAACCAUGACUCAACUGUCCGACUACCGUCUCCUCACUUUUGACGUCUACGGCACCCUCGUAGACUGGGAAACCGGCAUUCUAACCGCCUUCCAACCCACCCUCGACGAGACCAACGCACAGUUCUCGCGUCACCACCUCUUGACUCUUUAUCACGAGCUGGAACGUGCGCAGCAGGAACAGACCCCCGAGAUGCCCUACUCCGAGCUGUUGACCACCAUCCACCCUACCUGGGCGAGGCGGCUGAACCUCCCUGUCCCUUCUCACGACGAGAGUAUCCGCUUCGGCGAGUCGGUCGGCAAAUGGCCUGCCUUCCCGGACACCGUCGACGCGCUCAGGCGUCUGUCUAAGCAUUACAAGCUCGUGGUGCUGUCUAAUGUCGACCGCGCCUCUUUCGCUAAGACGAAUGCAGGCAGUCUUGAAGGGUUCCAGUUCGAUUUGAUCAUCACGGCGCAGGAUGUGGGGGGCUACAAGCCCGACCUGAAGAACUUUGAGUACAUGUUGCGCGCGGUCAAAGAGGGAUUUGGGGUGGAGAAGGAGCAGGUGCUGCAGACGGCACAGAGCCAAUUCCAUGACCAUCAUCCUGCAAGAAAGAUGGGAAUCAGGUCGGUAGCAGUGACCUACACUGCCGACCAAUUCCACGGCAUCUACCGAGGCGGCAAACAGCACCAUGCACCGGACUGGCCACACGUCGUUGAGCGCGCCCUCGCGCACAACUGCGAGAAGAUGCUCCUCACAACCAUGACCCUUGCCGGCGCGCACCAGAACCUCGCCAUCACGCAGGAAUACCCCACCAUCUGCAGCAUGACACUCGGCGUGCAUCCGUAUCAUGUUUCUGAAAUCUACACCUCAGAAGCAGAAACACAACCAGAAGCCGAACCAGGAACCGACUACCUCAUGCGUCUGCGCGACCUGGGCCACUCCCUCCUCACCCUCCAACCCACCCCACUCGUCGCCUUUGGCGAGAUCGGACUGGAUUACGUCUACCUCGACCGCGCCAACAAAGCCACCCAGCAGCGUGCAUUCCGCGCGCAGCUCGACAUCGCCGUAGACUUGCAGCUCCCGCUAUUCCUGCACGUGCGGGGCGAGGGGGCGUGCGCGGAUGUCGUGGAUAUCCUACGGCCCUAUUUGGGCCGGUUGCCACAGACCCGAAAGGGGCUGGUACAUUCGUUUGCGGGCUCGGCGGCGGAGAUGCGCUUGCUGGUCGGGUUGGGGUUCGGGGUGAGUGUCAAUGGGGUGAGCUUCCGGACGGAGGAGGGCAGGGAGAUGGUCCGAGAGGUGCCAUUGGAAGUGUUGCAGUUGGAGACGGAUGCGCCGUGGUGUGAGGUGGUGGAGGAUGAGCACACCCGGCAAUUUCUGGAGGGAGCCAAGCCGUUGCCGGCUGCGAGGAAGAGUAACCGGUUUGUCGAGGGGUUGAUGGUGAAGGGGCGAAAUGAGAGUUGUGCGAUGGAGCGCGUGGCGAGGGUAGUGGCGGGGUUGAAGGGAGUGGAGGUCGAGGUUGUUGCUGAGGCGGCGUGGAGGAAUAGUGUUGCUAUGUUUGGGUUGGGGGUUGGGAUGGAGGAGGUGAAUGGAGAGGUGAAGGGGUGA